UGUGGUAACGGAAUUUCCAGCGAGCGGCUCCGAUCUCGCACGCACGUGCAAAUUCUCCACGUGUGAGGGAGUGAAAUAAAGUAUGUGAUUAUUCCUCCAUUUUCGAACCGGAGAGCGCAGAAAUUUUCCAGAGCUUUUGACGUAGCUUUGCAAUUUCACGGAGAGAAAGGAAAAUUCUCUCUCUCUCUAUAUCUGCAAAAGACGACGAACCGGAAUCCGGUCCGCCAGGGACAUGCCAAACCGGUUUUCUAGAUCGGAGGAGGAAGAAGAAGAACCCUUCUUCAAUGGCUUCCGAGCAAUUCAUGCCCGGGUACCGAUACGUCCAGAUGCAAUCCGAGCCGACCAGUUCGUUGCUGUCGUCCACCCAUUCCUUUCGUGGAGGCUCCGAACCGAACUGGAUCUUCGAGGAAUUGCCAAAGGCCAGGAUCGUACAGGUGUCCCGUCCCGAUGCCAGCGACAUCAGCCCCAUGCUCUUAUCCUACACCAUUGAAUGCCAGUAUAAACAGUUCAAAUGGCGUUUAGUGAAGAAAGCUUCACAAGUUUUCUAUUUACAUUUUCUAUUGAAGAAACGUGCAAUAAUUGAGGAAAUUCAUGAGAAGCAAGAGCAGGUCAAAGAAUGGCUUCAUAGCCUUGGAAUAGGAGAGCACACAACAAUUACACAUGAUGACGAUGAAGCUGAUGAUGACCAUAGCCUUUCACAUCAUGAAGAAAGUUACUCAUCUAGAAACAGAGAUGUUCCGUCCAGUGCUGCUUUGCCAAUCAUUCGACCGGCACUUGGACGACAGCAGUCUAUUUCAGACAGGGCAAAAGUGGCAAUGCAAGGAUAUUUGAAUCACUUUCUGGGAAAUAUGGAUAUUGCAAACUCUCGGGAGGUUUGCAAGUUUCUGGAGGUUUCCAGUUUAUCAUUUUCGCCAGAGUAUGGACCUAAGCUCAAAGAGGCUUAUGUAAUGGUGAAACACCUACCAAAAAUUCAGAAGGAUGAUGAUAGAAAAUGUUGCGCAUGCCUCUGGUUCAAUUGUUGUAACGACAACUGGCAGAAGGUGUGGGCUGUGUUGAAACCCGGGUUCUUAGCCCUGCUUGCAGAUCCUUUUGACACCAAACUGUUAGAUAUAAUUGUUUUUGAUGUACUGCCACCUUCAGAUGGGAAUGAAGAAGGCCGAGUUUCUCUAGCAAAAGAAAUAAAGGAACGUAAUCCUUUACGGUAUAGAUUUGCGGUGUCUUGUGGGAAUCGGACCAUAAAGUUAAGAUCUAAAAGUCAUGCUAAAGGGAAGGACUGGGUUGCUGCAAUUAACGAUGCUGGUUUAAGGCCUCCUGAGGGCUGGUGCCAUCCUCAUCGCUAUGGUUCUUUUGCUCCACCAAGGGGUUUGACUGAAGACGGAAGUCAAGCUCAAUGGUUUGUAGAUGGGAAAGCUGCAUUCGAAGCAAUUGCUGCAUCAAUUGAAGAAGCAAAAUCAGAGAUAUACAUUACUGACUGGUGGCUGUGCCCAGAACUGUAUCUUCGGCGUCCUUUUCAUGUUCAUGGGUCCUCCCGACUUGAUGCUUUACUGGAGGCUAAAGCUAAGCAAGGGGUUCAGAUUUACAUACUCCUUUACAAAGAAGUUGCUCUUGCUUUGAAAAUCAACAGUGUGUACAGUAAAAGGAAACUUCUUAACAUUCAUGAGAAUGUAAGGGUUUUACGUUAUCCUGAUCACUUCUCCACCGGAGUUUAUUUAUGGUCCCAUCAUGAAAAAAUUGUGAUUGUUGAUUAUCGUAUUUGCUAUAUUGGAGGGCUGGAUUUAUGUUUUGGCCGUUAUGACACCUUUGAACACAAAGUUGGUGAUUGCCCCCCAUUGAUAUGGCCUGGAAAGGACUAUUAUAACCCAAGGGAAUCAGAACCAAAUUCUUGGGAAGAUACAAUGAAAGACGAACUGGAUCGUGAAAAAUAUCCUCGAAUGCCGUGGCAUGAUGUCCACUGUGCUCUUUGGGGACCACCUUGUCGUGAUGUGGCAAGGCAUUUUGUUCAGCGGUGGAACUACGCAAAGAGAAACAAAGCUCCCAAUGAGCAAGCAAUUCCCCUUCUUAUGCCUCAGCACCAAAUGGUUAUUCCACAUUACAUGGGAAAUGGCGAAGAAAUAGAUUCUGGAAAUAACAAGAUGGAAGAGAACCACAGUAGUCUCCAAAGGCAGGAUUCCUUUUCUUCCCGAUCUUCCUUGCAGGACAUCCCAUUACUUUUACCUCAAGAGGCUGAUGGAGUUGAUGUUGCUGAUGGAAACCAAGAGCUGAACAGGUUGGACACAGAUCAUAAUCUCUUUGAUCACCAAGACAGAAAUCGUCGGAGUCUUUCCUUCUCAUUUCGGAAGUCCAAAGCGGAACCUUCCAUUUCAGACAUGCAGAUGAAAGGUUUUGUGGAUAAUCUUGAUUCUCCACGUCCUCAUAGGGAAAUAUCUUUGGAGGUGAUGGCACAACCAGGUAUGCAAGAAUUGGACAAGGAAUGGCAGGAAACCCAGGAACAGAGUGACCAAGGCAUUUCUACAGAUGAAUCUGGACAAGUUGGUCCUUGCACCCCAUGUCGCUGCCAGGUUAUCAGGAGUGUCGGUCCAUGGUCUGCUGGAACAAGCCGAACUGAAGAGAGCAUUCAUACUGCUUAUUGCUCCCUCAUUGAGAAAGCAGAAUACUUUAUCUACAUUGAGAAUCAAUUUUUUAUAUCAGGCCUUUCUAGAGAUGAGAUAAUACAGAACCGUGUUUUAGAAGCAUUGUAUAAGCGCAUUCUGCGAGCAGAUAAAGAAAAGAAGCGCUUCAGGGUUAUUGUUGUCAUACCACUGUUACCUGGCUUCCAGGGGGGUCUAGAUGAUGGUGGUGCAGCAUCGGUGAGAGCCAUAAUGCAUUGGCAGUAUCGAACCAUUUGCAGAGGACAGAAUUCAAUACUACAGAACCUUUACGAUGAGCUCGGUCCAAAAAGUAAUGAUUACAUUUCCUUUUAUGGCCUCAGAUCUUAUGGUAGACUUUGUGAAGGUGGCCCUGUUGCCACGAAUGAGAUAUAUGUGCACAGUAAGGUGAUGAUUAUUGACGACCGCAUGGCCUUGAUCGGAUCAGCUAAUAUAAAUGAUAGGAGCUUGCUAGGGUCAAGAGACUCAGAGAUUGGCGUACUGAUUGAAGAUAAAGAUUUUGUCGAUUCAUUUAUGAAUGGAAAUUCAUGGAAGGCUGGAAAGUUUGCUUUUAGUCUUCGCCUCUCCCUAUGGUCUGAGCAUCUUGGUCUUCGUGCAGGAGAGAUCAGUCGAAUCAGUGAUCCUGUGGAGGAUGCAACAUACAAAGAUAUUUGGAUGGCGACUGCUAAGACGAAUACUAUGAUUUACCAAGAUGUCUUUGCAUGCACCCCCAAUGAUCUUAUUCAAUCCAGAACCGCGAUUCGACAAAGCAUGGCCUACUGGAAGGAGAGAAUUGGGCACACCACUAUAGAUAUAGGGAUAGCACCUGACAAGCUAGAAUCUUAUCAGAACGGAGAUAUCAAAGCCAUGGAUUCCAUGGAAAGAUUAGAAUCGGUGAGGGGGCAUCUUGUCUCUUUCCCCUUGGAUUUCAUGUGCAAAGAAGACUUGAGACCUGUAUUCAAAGAAAGCGAGUAUUAUGCAUCUCCUCAGGUCUUUCACUAAUUUAUCAGCAAUGAACAUCUCCACGCUGUAUAUCGUAUCAUCUAAUCAGAACCCAGUUAAUGGAACUCUAGUGAGAUUGAGGGCCUCUUCCUGGCACAUGUGCAACUUGGAACACGUGCAAGAUCCGACCAUUCAUCACACAGGAUUGAGCAUUCUGACCAUGAGCACUCAUCAUAGGAACCAUGAUUAGAAAACUAUUGACUGAUGGUCAGUUUCUUCAUAGAUGUGUGGCCAACCGGAUGGGCGGUCUGGCCUAUUUUUAGGCGGGCAUCUACAAGGUAGGCCCCAUUUGAUGUACAGAUCUUAAACACGUGACACGUUGGCAUGAGUGCUACAAAGAAAGUCCUAGAUUUCAUACAAUUCCCAUUGGAGUUCCUCAAUUGAUUGAACUCAACUCGCAAAGGCCUGUAUAUAUGUUGUAUUCGAAGAAUCUGCAGAGGGAAAUGAAGGAAUGGAGAAGAAGAGAAAUGGCUCUUUGCUGGAAGCCUCCCCUAAUGUAUGUUCCAUUUGUAACUCUUUUGGGAAAUAAAAUAUGCAUGUAAAAGAGCAUGUGCAUUGUAAAUGAGGAAGAAGAAAAAGAGGAACUCUAUUGAGUUCAUUCUACUA